AUGUCAGGCGUUGUUGUUGCUGCGCCGUCGGCUGACUGCACGCUCGUGCUUUUCGCAGACCCGGUCAACAAAUGCUGCGGCGCGGUGCAUGCUGGCUGGCGUGGAACUGUGAUGUCAGAAGGCAUUGCCAUGGCAACUGUGAAUGCCAUGAAGAGCAAAUUCUGCACGAAUCCGAAAGAUGUGUUGGUAGCUAUCGGCCCUUCCAUCGGUACGUGCUGCUACGAAUUCGGUGUAGGUAAGGCCCAACAACUCGAAGAAUUUGACUCCAGCUGCACUGUACACAAGCCUGAUUAUCCUAAGCUCUUUGUGGACGUCGCCUGGAGGAAUAAGCUUCAACUGCAGAGAGGAGUCCCAGCAUCCAAUAUCGACAUGCCUAAUACUCUCUGCACAAAAUGUCCCCUGGACAAGUUUUUCUCCUACAGACGGGAUGGGACACCCUUUGGAAACCAGAUUGGCUUUAUUGGGAUUAAGCAGUAA